AUGCCCCUGGAGCGCCUCGCGUGGGCGACGGUCGAGCUCGGUGGCUCCGCGCUGGCGACCGACGGCGCGGUGUGGCAGGCGCUGGCGCCUCGGCUGGUCAAGAACGCCGCCGCGCUCCCUCCCGCUGCUCUUGCCCGCGCCCUGGAGGCGUUUGGCCGCAGCGGGUGCCUGGGGGACGAGGGCGCCGCGGCCGUGCCGUGGGGUGUCAUCCAGCUCACGCGCGCACUGGUGCACCAUGCUGCAGACCAAACAGGCGCUCUGUUUGACGGGCUCGGCCACGUUGCAUUGCGAGACUGCUGCCGCGCCAUGAGGAUAUUGCAGCCGAACAUGUUGUGGGCGGACGGCUUGUACAGGAGACGCUCACCGCCACGCUGGGCUCCACGCUGGCCAACAUGCCCGCUGCCCAGGCGCUCGCGUGGGCGGAGCUGUACGCCGAGAUGGGGCUGGUCGACGGGCCUCACCUCGUCUUCUGGGACGGGUUGGGUGCCACGCUCAGCGCCGCUGCUGGGGAGGGCGGCCUGA